CUGGGGUUAGCAGUGACGUUAGCGCAUGCGUUAGCGGAGACGUUAGCUCGCUAUUUGUCUCCUAGGUGUAACUGUCGUUUCAGCAACAUUGAGGAUGUCACAUUGUCUGGGAAAAUUAAUUUACCUUAAUAAUACAUUGUAAAAAUAAAAACAUAUAUUUAUCGGUGAGGACUGGCUGGAUGCGAAAAGAAACAACCAAGCAAUCGCUGCUGUUCAGUGUGGGGAAACCAUUUUAUGACUGUCAGUGCAUCUGACCCAUGGCUAAGGAUACACUCGCCUUGCUAGCUUAAUUCGGCUAGCUAAACGGUAACAUCCGUGCCGUGGAUGGGUUCGCUGUACAAGAUACUCUUUGAAGAAACCGUGACCGGUGCAUAGUGAAGAACAUGGAUACAGCCGAAGAAGCGGAUAUUUGUCGUGUGUGCCGCUCUGAGGGGACCCCAGACAAACCCCUGUACCACCCCUGUGUCUGUACUGGCAGUAUUAAGUUCAUACACCAGGAAUGUUUGGUCCAGUGGCUGAAGCACAGCAGGAAGGAGUACUGUGAAUUAUGCAAGCACAGAUUUGCUUUCACUCCUAUUUACUCCCCAGACAUGCCCUCCCGCCUGCCAAUCCAAGACAUUUGUGCAGGCCUGCUGACCAGUGUUGGCACAGCCAUUCGCUACUGGUUCCACUACACUCUGGUGGCUUUCGCAUGGCUUGGGGUAGUUCCUCUCACUGCAUGUCGCAUCUAUAAGUGUCUUUUUACCGGCUCUGUGAGCUCACUUUUGACACUACCACUGGACAUGCUCUCUACAGAGAACCUGCUUGCAGACUGUUUACAAGGCUGCUUCGUGGUCACCUGCACCCUGUGUGCUUUUAUCAGUCUUGUGUGGCUCAGAGAACAAAUAGUCCAUGGUGGAGCUCCCCAGUGGUUAGAGCAGCACCAGCCACCACCCCCCAAUGCAGCUGGGCAAGCCAAUGAGGCACAAGCUGCAGGUCAAGGAGCAGCUGAUGAGCCUCCUGCUGCCCAGCCAGCCCCUGCUGAUCCCCCAGCCCAUAAUGAGGCAGAACCUGAGCCCCCUGAUGCCCCACCAGACCAGGGUGAUGACCCAGAGCUGGAAGAGGAGGGAGCAGCUGCCGAAGAUGGAGAUCCUAACAAUGGAGCGCAAGAUGACAUGAAUUGGAAUGCUUUAGAGUGGGACAGAGCAGCAGAGGAGCUCACCUGGGAAAGGAUGCUGGGCUUGGAUGGUUCACUUGUAUUUUUGGAGCAUGUAUUUUGGGUAGUGUCUCUCAACACACUCUUCAUCCUCGUCUUUGCAUUUUGUCCUUACCACAUUGGGCACUUCUCUGUUGUGGGUCUUGGCUUUGAGGAAUAUGUCCAGGCAUCUCAUUUUGAGGGUCUAAUCACAACCAUCGUGGGCUACAUAUUGCUGGCCAUGACACUCAUCCUCUGUCAUGGACUGGCUGCUCUCGUCAGGUUCCAGCGCUCUCGACGUCUCCUGGGAGUCUGCUACAUUGUUGUCAAGGUGUCUCUGCUGGUUGUUGUGGAAAUAGGUGUUUUUCCACUGAUCUGUGGUUGGUGGCUUGACAUCUGCUCCUUAGAGAUGUUUGAUGCCUCCCUGAAAGACAGAGAGUUGAGUUUCAAAUCAGCACCUGGUACCACCAUGUUCCUGCACUGGCUUGUGGGAAUGGUCUACGUCUUCUACUUUGCUUCUUUCAUUCUCCUACUGAGAGAGGUGCUGAGACCUGGAGUUCUGUGGUUUCUAAGAAACCUCAAUGACCCAGAUUUUAACCCGGUGCAGGAAAUGAUUCACUUGCCCAUCUACAGACACCUGAGGCGGUUCAUUCUGUCUGUUGUGGUGUUUGGCUCAAUUGUGUUGCUCAUGCUGUGGCUUCCAAUAAGGCUGAUUAAACUACUGCUGCCCGCCUUCCUCCCUUACAACGUGAUGCUCUACAGUGAUGCCCCAGUCAGUGAGCUGUCUUUGGAGCUGUUAUUGCUUCAGGUUGUGCUGCCAGCUCUGUUGGAGCAGGGACACACUCGCCAGUGGCUCAAAGGCCUGGUCAGAGCAUGGACAGUCAGUGCUGGUUAUUUAUUAGAUCUUCACUCCUACCUCCUUGGGGAACAGGAGGACAAUGAUGGAAACCAGCCUGUGAACAACAACAAUAAUAACAACCCUCCUCCUGGUCACCAUAACAACAAUAAUAACCCUGCCCCAGCUGUUGGUGAGGGGCUUCAUGCAGCCCACCAGGCCAUCCUGCAACAAGGGGGGCCUGUAGGCUUCCAGCCCUACCACCGACCUCUCCGCUUCCCGUUUAGGAUUGUGUUGCUGAUUGCAUUCAUGUGCAUUACUCUGCUGGUGGCCAGUCUGGUGUGUCUCACCCUACCAGUAUUUACUGGGCGCUGGCUGAUGUCCUUCUGGACAGGAAACUCUAAAAUCCAUGAGCUGUACACAGCAGCAUGCGGUCUGUAUGUCUGCUGGCUGUCUAUCCGUGGAGUCACUGUGCUGCUGGCGUGGAUGCCCCAAGGACGCACUGUCAUCAUACGCAAAGUCCAGGAGUGGACGCUUAUGAUCCUGAAGACCCUGGUUGUAGCUCUGCUGGUUGCUGGAGUCAUCCCACUGCUGCUGGGCCUGCUGUUUGAACUGGUCAUUGUGGCUCCACUCAGGGUUCCACUGGACCAAACCCCCCUCUUCUACCCCUGGCAGGACUGGGCUCUUGGAGUGCUCCAUGCCAAAAUCAUCGCUGCCAUCACCCUCAUGGGACCGCAGUGGUGGCUGAAGACUGUUAUAGAACAGGUGUAUGCAAAUGGCAUUCGCAACAUCGAUCUCCAAUUUAUCAUCCGUAAACUGGCAGCUCCAGUCAUCUCAGUCCUUCUGCUGUCCUUGUGUGUGCCGUAUGUGAUUGCUGCUGGCAUUGUUCCUGCUGUAGGAGUAACCCCAGAGAUGGAGAUCCUGAUGCAGAGGAGAAUCUACCCUUUCCUCCUGAUGGUAGUCUCGCUGAUUGGCAUUUUGUCCUUCCAGAUCCGACAGUUCAAGCGGCUGUAUGAACACAUCAAGAAUGACAAAUACCUGGUUGGCCAAAGGCUUGUUAACUAUGAACGGAAAGCUGGAAGAACAAGCUCAGUCCCAACCUCCAACCCUGUCGCUGAGUAGAUUUUUGUGUUGUGUGUCCUUUUGCACCGGUUAUACAUCCCUUACCCCACCAUUUUUGAUUUUCAACUCACUCUUGAGACUGUAAUCCCCCUCAAUCUCCUGUGGAUGUUGCCGGAUUUGACGGAUGUCAUUCAGUUUUUCAAAUCCCCUUUUGUACCCAGCAAAAGUGGGACCAGAAGAUGUAUUAUAAUCAUGGGACAGUGAAUUUAUCCCCUCAGUCAAAAAGUGGAAACAAGAGGGUGAGUGUUGAAGGGUUUGAUUUAAAGCUCAACAUCCGUAUUGUCGUUCAUGCCUUGCUUUGUAAAGUGCUGCCUGAUAAUUGUACAUGUGUAAAUACUUUGAACGCAGACUUUGUCUUAAAAAAAGACAUAUGGAUUAAUGCAAUGACCAUUGUACAUCUUAAAAAUAUAUGUAUAAUUUAUUAAAUAAAACUGACAAUUUACCUUUGGUUGUUGCAAA